CUGUACUCUCACCCACACACCUGCUUGGAACGCACCGCUGGCGACGUGCGCGCACACCUGGAACAGGUUUGAUAACAAUCGGCGCUCUUUACAUUCCGAGUCAAUGCAUAGGUCGGCUUCGCCAUCUGUCGCCGGAUAUCCGCACUCUCCCUCUUUUUCCGCCACGAUGAACGACCACUGGCCGCACACGCAAUACACCCACCCGGCGCGACCCAAGUAUGACGGUAGUCGACAUCAGUUCACAGCCGAGGAGCUUCUUCAGACGCUUGACGGCGUCAGUGUGGCAGCCAAAUGGAAACCGGUCGUGACUAGAAAGGUGCCUGACCCUACGCCGGAGCAGCUGCAGGAGAUCGAGAAGGAGCUGGAGCAGCGGCGGCAGUGGGAGGAACGGCGGCUGGCGCGGGAUGGGCCUCGUCCGCCGACACCACCACCAUCACCACCACAGGAGGAGGUGAAAGACCAGGAGACGGCGGAGCAGAAGGAGGAGCCUAUCAAGCAGUGGAUAGAGGCCCACCAGAGCGCGACCAACCCCGACGGUACCCACUCCCUACUCCAGUGGCGCGAGGAUCUUUGCCAGCUGAAGGACGAGCGGUCGAAGAGCGCUGCGAGCAUCAUGCUCGGCGUCGCUCUCAUUCGCCAGGAGAAUCGCACAGCCGAUCCCGAGGCAUCCGGGGCGACCGUGACCUCGCCCGACAUCGUCGAACUCAUCUGGGCACUCAUCUUCUACGGCCUCAGGAGCGGGACCCUCGGAAUGAGCCCCAACCGCACCGCUCAGGGCUUCCUCGCUACCCCUUUGUGCAGCCGUAGCCACCACGGCGACCUUUCAGAGCUCUUCCGACUCCAUGUCUGGCAACCGCACGAGUACCGCGGCAAACCGGAGAUCGCUAUCCAUUCGCACCAGUCCUUCGCACGCAGCUGGGUUCUGGGGGGCACGGGCAUCGACCACCAGUACUCCGUUACAGAGAUGGCAGAGCAAAAGGACGCGACAUUCGCCAAGUUCAAAAUUCAAUGGGAGACGGAAGACGAGGACAAGGUCGGGGUGACGUACAAGACGUACCAGCGACGUUCGAUCAUCGAGAACCAACAGAUCUGGAUGAGAGAGAAAGAAACGAGUGUGGAAACGCACACGAAGGACAUGUCGUACUCCGUCCUCUCCGCGGUCUAUCACCGGUCUCAGAUCCCCCCGGAAGAGCUUCACGCGACCCUGUUUUCCUUCGAUGCGUAUCACGGCUACGACAAGCAUGCUGGAGUGCUUGGACCUGUCGAUGUCCAGAAGUUUUCACAGGAUCGCGACCCUCACGGCAUCACCGCGCCAUACCUCGCGACACUCGCCGAAUCGCUGCGCCACUUCGAUUUCCUCAUGGACAAGGUCCGAGAGUAUUCUAGCGACGCCCACCGUGACUGGAAGUCCGCCCAGGGGGGCAUCCAGGAGGCACUUGAGCUGUUCGAGCCGGGCGCUAUGCUUGCGGAGGCACAAUGCUGUCUUGACAUCCUCCGCGCUGAGCAGGCCAAGCUCGCUACGCUGGUCGAGAACGACGAGCGCUCCCCACCGAGAGCAGAGCCACUAUCCGACGAAGUAGCAUCCGAGCAUUCUGCGUGGGUACUGGACGCCAAAGGGUAUUCCGCGACUGCCGUGCCCAACAAGGCGCGGAUGUUGCGAAAGCGAAAGGCUAGGGACUCUGACUUCGUCGACGACCUACCUGAAGGUUGAUAUAUUGGUGAAGGAGUUGACUUACGAAGAAUGACUGGUACUGACAUUCCUGGAGAGGUAGACUGAGUUGCUAGGAUACCGACCGCUUGCGAAUUCCCAUGGUUGUUGGAUAUGUUUGCUUGUGUGAUUGUACGAUACGUAGUAAUAUGUAUGUUGACUGACGAUCUGUACGAUAUGUGUAUACGUAGUAUUCCCACCAAAACAUCUUUCGGCCCGUAGGUGUUUCUUUGAACGGGGCAGUCAGCGGUCCCAUGUUGUAGUCAUCUCGUGCCCUCCGUUCCGCGCUUUCUUCUAGUAUGUAAAAUAUGUCUAUGCAUUCCCCAUACUUAUACGAAUCAACUGUUUCUC